UCUAACAAUUUUUCUUUCAUUUCUCCGACGGUCGACGAGGCGUUCGUUCGAUCGUUUGGUCACGUCAUCUUUUUUAUCUUGUAAUGACUGAUUUUUGCGUCCCACAUGCUUAGGGGUAAUCGAAUUAAGAAGAAAUCCAAGAAUCCCCGCACUAGAAGAAAACUUCGAGUGACCGCGGACGUAAAUGUGAACUAGAAAGUGUGUGAACGGAGUCGCGAGGUGUCUCGUCCGUCCGGUUCGAUCUGGAUUUUAGCAGUUUGAACCGCGAGUCGGGCUCCCUUUUCCCCGUUAAUCAUUAAUUUUAAAGUUUGGUGGUGUAUUUAAAGACUUAUUUAUUUAUUAUUGUCCGUUAUUCGGAGUGUUUUAGUGGUGUAAUCGUUUUAUAAGUCGCGUAUCAAGAUGUCUGAAGAGUCGUCCGCCGAUCGUAAUGUCGAAAUAUGGAAGAUCAAGAAGCUCAUAAAGAGCUUGGAGAUGGCCAGGGGCAAUGGCACAUCCAUGAUAUCCCUCAUCAUCCCGCCCAAGGACCAGAUCUCUCGCGUGUCCAAGAUGUUGGCCGACGAGUUUGGCACCGCGUCCAACAUCAAGUCGCGCGUCAACCGCCUGUCCGUGCUCGGCGCCAUCACCUCCGUACAGCACAGGCUCAAGCUCUACACUAAAGGUACACACCCAACAUGUCGGCCGACGAGUCUGGCACCGCGUCCAACAUCAAGUCGCGCGUCAACCGCCUGUCCGUGCUCGGCGCCAUCACCUCCGUACAGCACAGGCUCAAGCUCUACACUAAAGGUACACACCCAACAUGUCGGCCGACCAGUUUGGCACCGCGUCCAACAUCAAGUCGCGCGUCAACCGCCUGUCCGUGCUCGGCGCCAUCACCUCCGUACAGCACAGGCUCAAGCUCUACACUAAAGUGCCUCCAAACGGCCUAGUGAUCUACUGCGGCACCAUCGUCACCGAAGAGGGCAAGGAGAAGAAAGUCAACAUAGACUUUGAGCCGUUCAAGCCCAUCAACACCUCGCUGUACCUGUGCGACAACAAGUUCCACACGGAAGCGCUCACGGCGCUGCUGGCCGAUGACAAUAAGUUCGGCUUCAUCGUCAUGGACGGUAACGGCGCGCUGUUCGGUACGCUGCAGGGCAACACUAGAGAGGUGCUUCACAAGUUCACGGUAGACCUGCCGAAGAAGCACGGUCGCGGUGGUCAGUCCGCGCUGCGUUUCGCGCGUCUCCGCAUGGAGAAGCGGCACAACUACGUGCGGAAGGUGGCCGAGGUGGCCACGCAGCUGUUCAUCAGCGCCGACCGCCCCAACGUGGCCGGCCUCAUCCUGGCCGGUUCCGCUGACUUCAAGACGGAGCUCAGUCAGUCCGACAUGUUCGAUCCUCGGCUGCAAGCCAAGAUCAUUAAGCUGGUGGACGUGUCGUAUGGAGGCGAGAACGGGUUCAACCAGGCCAUCGAGCUGGCGGCCGAGUCGCUGCAGAACGUCAAGUUCAUCCAGGAGAAGAAGCUCAUCGGACGGUACUUCGACGAGAUCUCGCAGGACACGGGCAAGUAUUGUUUCGGUGUGGACGACACGCUGCGCGCGCUCGAGCUCGGCGCCGUCGAGACGCUUAUCUGCUGGGAGAACCUCGACAUCCAGAGAUACGUCCUCAAGUCGCACGCAACCAACCAGGAGACCAUCUUGCAUCUGACGCCUGAGCAGGAGAAGGACAAGUCACACUUCACCGACAAAGAGAGCGGGGUGGAGCUCGAGCUGGUGGAGUGCCAGCCGCUGCUGGAGUGGCUCGCCAACAACUACAAGUCGUUCGGCGCCACGCUCGAGAUCAUCACCGACAAGAGCCAGGAGGGCAGCCAGUUCGUGCGCGGCUUCGGAGGCAUCGGCGGCCUCCUCCGCUACAAGGUGGACUUCCAAUCCAUGCAGCUGGACGACGAGGAGAUCGACAACAUCUACGACAUCGACGACUACUAGACCGUCCAGUCCAGAGUACAGUCAGCAGCAAAAGCUGCUAAGCGGGUGAAGUGUUUAAACACCUUGACACGCUCUUAUUCUCUUAACUAUAAAGUCGCGCCAAGAUCACCUUGAACACCUGGCCCGCUUAGCAAGUUCUGCUGCUGACUAUACCAUCGAGUCAACUGACUAGUUGUAAACCUUAUUCUAGGGCAGCCAUCCUCAAACUUCUGUUUUAACAGAAACGUCUGUAUACGAUAUAGGGCCCGUGCAUGAACUAUAGGGGGCAGCAUAGGAGCCAUCAAAUUUUUGCCGCGAGGCGUAAAUGUGUCGUUUAUGCUUCCGAUGUAGCCCACAAUAUGGCAGAACCUACUAUGCACAAGGAAACGUACAGACUAGAACGGUAGAGCAUUUGCUUUGGCAAUGUACAUGUGCACAUGUUUCCGAUUCAGGCCACAAGAUGGCAGACCCUCCAACGCGCACGGUCCCUAUCACAAAGUUUAGAAAUAAAUGAUGAAAAAAUUACUUUCUCGGGCGAGGCUCGAAGUCUCUGUAGCUCGGUUGACAGCGCAAUGGGCAAGUGAUUCAGAGUCACGAGUUCAUGCCUCGCCCGUGACAGUGAAUUUUUGCACUUUGUAUUUAUUUCUGGACUUAUAAUUAACCCUUUUUAUUAGGGCCACAAAGACGGUCUAGUCUUGUAGCCCCGGGCCGCAAAAUAAAUUUGCUACUUAUAUUAGUAUUAUAGGUGUCGGUUCCCAAGGUUAUGUAUAUGAUACCUGGAUCACCUAGCUGACGACUUAAAGCCUUCGUUGAGUUGAGUAUGACUGUUCUAGUUUAAUAAGGCUUUAGUUUCGGUCAGCUGACGUUAGAACAGUAGUUCCUCCGUCCACUGUGUGUAAAGUACGAUAAGAAUUCAAUGCGAUAGGUUCUCGUUCUUUACACAAUAAUAAGUCUCGUUCUAACUGAUAGAUGCAUCCCUAUCGCUCUUUAAAGCGCGUAAAAUAUUAAGCAAAAUAUAACGGUACACAUUGUUGUAAACUUUUUAUGUUUCAAGUCCAGUGUGCGUAUAUAUUUAUAUAAUAAUAUAACGAAGAUACAUUUUUGUUUCCAAAACAAAAAUGUGUGUUGUAUUGGAAGCUGAUCUAUAAAAUUAACGUUUUUUCAUUACGAAUCUCGACGUCUCUAAGACAUCUGUUCUUAAAGUUUCGACAAAUGUGUGUGAUAGCGAGACAUGUCUAUUCCACAUGGAUAAGUGAUGAAAAUACGACAAUAAUACCCCUAAAGGGGACGGCGGAACUAUUGUCAGGGCUAAAUCCACUGCUUUGUUGAUUCCUCUUUCCUCCUAAGGUCUAUAAAUAUAAAAGGUGAAGAAAAGCGUCACCAUUUAUAUCACCUGUAAAUUCGAGGCACUUUUUUUUACUUACAGUAUUGUAAGGCUUUUAAAUUAUUUAUAUAGACCUCAGGGGGGUACUAAAAGUUAUAAGGGACUAUUAGAUCAUGAAUGUGGCAUGUAUCUAGACGGUCAGCGUGCUCAAAACACCAUUCAGUUUUCAUUAAUUAUUAUCUUUCGUCUAGAUAUAUUCGCUACUAAAAUCUUAAAAAAUGCACAAAUGAUACGGCACGUUAAUAUGUUUUCCAAGGCAUACGCUGUAUAUAUUCGUAUAAUAGGACAAUAACACCAAUGAUAUAUACGAACAGAGGACAUAUAUUACAUAUAUGUAUAUGUAUGCUUUGGGAACUCUGGCCGAGCACUGUCAACAACCUUGUCGUGAUCAACCUUAAUAGAAAUAAACCAUUUUCAACUGCGCAUCCCUUUCCGAGCUACGGUCACAUCAUAAGUAAUAGGUGCAACACACAACAAUAAUACUUAGAAAGGUUUUUGUGUGCGUUGCGUCUUUAGAUGUAGAUGUCUCUCCCUCCUGUAUAAUUAAUAUGUAUAGCUUGUCUGUACUCUACCGGAUACCGUCUAUACAUCACCGACAAUCUUUAUCACACUGGCCGUGCGUUAUCCAACCUUGAUACUGGCGGAAUCAUUAAGCCCUGAUGGAGCCAUAAUACACAAAAAUCGAUUGAGCUUGUCUGUCAGUGUAAAUUUAAGGAGUAAAUAAUAAAAUUAAUAAAAUAUGUAGAUCGUAGGUUCAAUAAAGAGGAUCUCAGCUUGAAAAUGGUUUAUCUGUACCGUUGUUAGAGUAAAUUGCUUGACUGAUUUCCCAUAAGGGCGACAAGGUUGUGGGACAUAAUGUUUAAAUAUUAUGUAUUUAGUUAAUCCGAGUUUUAAAACGGUUUUUUAUUUGUUAUAAGUCAGUGCGCUCGUUUUAAAUACUUAAUAUCAUAUGAUGAAAUCUGCUUAUUAUGGGCCUUCUACACACCACCAGACAUAAUUUUGUCUUUAAUGUCAAAAAUGAUUUACUCUAUGAAAAAAAAAUAUUUUAAUCCUAAAGGUGGGACUGUACCUACGUUUUUUCCGUAACUGUUUCAGCUAUAUUUGUGUAGACUUGAGAAAAAGUCUAGAACACAGUAAAAUAACGUGUCGUUAACGAAUGUAGGAACCAUUGCGAUUGACAUUUAAAAGCCCUGUCUCAAAGAUAAACUAACUUUUAUGAAGCUUAUAUCUGAAACAGUUAUUCGAGAUGAAAAAUCAGUUACGUAAAUGUCAAAAUGUCUCGGCUCUAAUAAUUUAAGGUCUCUUUUGUAUGUUGGUACCAUCGCCCACGCUGUUAACUGACAAUUCGUAAACCUUAUUACAAAAGGCAUAAGGCCCACCGAUGGACAGUUAAGAGUGUAGCUGUUCUGUUUGUAGAAGGUCCAAAUAUCUCACAACUAAUAGGAUUUUACUUUUUCAUUGGAUAUAUUUGCGGAUGAAAAUUUAUUUGGGUUACCUAGUUACUAGUUGCAAACAUUGUUUGUGUUUGACAAUUGGUAUUUUAAUAAAUUGUAAUUAUCAAUUGUUAGGAUGAUUAAAAAGGAAAAAUUCAAGUAACUUGUUCUUUGUUUAACUUGAAGUUUUAAGGAAAUAAUGUGUAUCCUCAUACACAUACUCCAAGUAGAUACACGUACACAUUAUUUCCUGUGCAAUUGAUUAAUUUUUUUUAUCUAAAAAGCUUGAAAGCGAUAAAUUACAUAAACUUCAAAUAUCUACUUAUCUAUGUUGCACAUACAUUUACCUAACAGUAUUGAGACUCAUCCCAGAACAGAAUAUACAUGUUUUUAAAAACAUUCCUUGUUGUGACUGUCAUUUUUGUUUUAACUGCUAUGGAAUACUUUAAAUAUCAAUGAAUAUUGAAUGAAAUAUGAGCAUAUGUCGAAUAUUAUAUCACUCUGUGUGAACUAUGUAAGUGUUACUACUAUAUACUAAGCUUCAAGUGAGGUGUAUAGUAUUAUAGUUCCUCUUACCAGUUAGAUGUAACACUGUUUUAGCUCUCAAUGAAGGUUAGUUCAUUUUUCAUGCGUUGGUCCGCUUUGCCUAUUCGUGUGAGCUUGCGCACUCGACGCCUUGUUUAUGUAUGUAUUCAAAUUACUGUAUAAUGUGCCUUAUCGAAAUAAAACGUGGAAAACUGA